AGUUCUAGUUGCUGUUUGGUUGAUUUACUGUUCAUCACUCGAGAACCGUUCGAUAUUACAAAAAUUGGUGACUUUCAAUGAAAAUUCCGCAGAAAUGUUCCUCAGUCGUGUUUGCUGCCUAAGGGCAACCGUUCAGACUAAAACAUUUCUUCCGCGAAGCGUACUAAGCGCAAAAUCUCGAACAAUAUCAUGUGUUGUGACGCGAUAUCCCACAUGCAUGCAGCAGCAACAUCCCGUGGGAUCCCGCUCGGAUGAAGGCUUUCAAAUUCGUGAUGAAAGUAUUCAGAAGUAUUUGGAAAACAUCCGUUUAGAGUAUUACUCGUUAAAAGUGAUGGACCAACUCAACAAAAAUGACAUCAAACGGUUGGCGCUUCUCUCCCACGUUGUAGAGAUGUACGAGCAACGGCGAAUUAUUGUAGAUAAUCUGAAAUCGCUUCAGGAGAUGAGCUCCGAAAAGGAUGAAGACAUGCUACAAUUGAUGAAAGAGGAGAAGGAGGCAUACACCAAUAUUUUGAGAAAACUUGAUGAUGAAAUUAUGGAUGGCAUUCUUUCAAUGGAUGAAGAAGAAGAUUUCAAUUCCCUGAUUAUGGAAGUAGCUGCUGGUGUUGGUGGAAAGGAAGCGAUGCUGUUUGCCCGAGAGAUUUUCGAUAUGUACUGUGGUUUUAUCGAGUUCAAAGGUUGGCAAAUUGAAUAUCUUGAAACAGAGGACACUGAGCUGGGGGGUAUUCGACAUGCUUCCCUCGUUGUGACUGGUAGAGGUGCCUAUCGCCACUUGAAGUUUGAGGCCGGUGUACAUCGGGUUCAGCGAGUUCCUCUGACAGAGAAAACCGCUAGAAUACAUACAAGUACUGCCACCGUGGCAGUCAUUCCUCGUCCAGACGAGUUCAACAUUGAACUUCACGAGAAAGAUUUAAAAAUCGAAACCAAACGCGCAAGCGGCGCAGGUGGGCAGCACGUAAAUACUACGGAUAGCGCUGUGCGUAUCGUCCAUAUACCAACUGGAAUCGCUGUUGAAUGUCAAACCGAUCGGUCACAAAUGAAAAAUAAAGAACUUGCCAAACAAAAGCUGCUGGCAAAGCUUACGCAACAGGAACUUGAAACUAAAUUUAACAACAGCAAAUCAUUGAAAAAGUCCCAGGUGGGAUUGAGUUUACGGAACGAGAAAAUUCGUACUUAUAAUUACAGCCAAGAUCGUAUAACGGACCACCGGGUUGAAAACGGAACAACACAUAACUUGAAAGCUUUUUUGGAAGGUGGUCCUCAGUUAGAGGAUAUGAUUCUCAAACUGCGAGCGGCACAUCGGAAAAAGCAACUUAUGGACAUUAUUAACAGUGUAGAAUGCAAAUAGAUAAUAUGCAUAGAAAAAAAAUAAUAGGUACAUUCGAUUAUCUACAUAGUGACCCUCGAAGUUUAUUAGAUUUGAAAUCUAUGCAUAAUAGACUGGUCAAUAUGUCUUGCAAUGUCGAAAAUUGUCUUGCACAAGUUUUCAACUUAAUGACAGCUAAUAAACAAUUAGAAAAAAUAGGACAAUAAAACGUUUAUUAC